AUGCAACUGCACCUGACCAUGACAACGUCUCUCCAGAGCUGCAGAGGUAUGCUGUGCAUGGCAGCGAUGAUCCAGGUCAAAAUGUUUGCUUCGGCAUGGCAAAUGGUGAAGAGGUCCUAUUUGAAGAGGCUUCUCACAAAGGUGGAUCUCAUGAAGAUGAGGUCCUCCGUUCACUUCCUCGACAACCUCGAGGAGGAGUGCCGCUUCAACCCAGGAAAACUGGAGAAAAUCAGGCGGUUGGCGCAGGUAUACUCCGACUGGCGAUCUAUUCGCGGUGAUGGCAAUUGUUACUAUCGCACUGUGAUUUUUGGAGCCCUCGAGGCGUUGAUGCUCAACCAGGAUCAGCUGCGCCUAAAUCAAGUGAUGCUAUCAUUGCGGCAGGUGCACUAUGAUUGUGUCGCUGAGCAAAAAUGCCACAACCAGAUGCUGCAGAUUAUGAGGAGCUGGAGAUGUCCAGAUCAAAUCGAACAGUGGGUCGCACAAGAUGCAACUUUGGACCAGGCAUUGAUACAGGCUUGUCGGCGACUGGUCCGACAAUUCCUCAUGAAGCGGGCCAAUGAAAAGUCCCCAAGUGGCCUGACGUACAAUCAGCUGGUGAGGGCAUUAGACAGCAGAUACUCUGGCAUGGAGGACUUUUGCCAACAUGUGGUGGAUCCAUUGGGACGUGAUGCUGAAACUUUAGCAUUAGAUGCCCUACCACAGCAGCUGGGCAUUGGACUGCGCAUGUGGAUUCUGGAUCGACGUGAUGAGGUGAGCCUUGUCAGCCUUGACACCCCAGGCCCGCAGAACGAGGUCGACGUGCAUGUUCUCUUCAAGCCUGGACAUUAUGAUCUACUUUAUCCAGGCGUCCGACACUGA